AUGCUGAAGUUGUCAAAUAGGUAUUAUAUACUGUGUUUAGGUUAUUUGUUGUAUGUGUUUAUAAUAUGUGUUGUAGGCAUAGUUAACAGAAUUUCGAUUCUGAUCUACGAUAAUACGAUGUUACGAUCCAAAAAAGGAAUCUUUACAAAGAUUACCAAGAUAGAAAAGUUGAUCAUGGGGUGGUUGACAUUCAAUGGUCUACUCCUUUUAACCCUUGAGUUAUAUUUGGUCUUCAAACCACAUUUCUAUAAGGAUGACACUGGAAAUAUUUUUGCUGAAAUAAAAGAGUAUAGCAAAGGUGAUUACCGAUAUCUUCAUCUUGAUCCCACAACAGUAGCUCGUGAAGCUAUUUCAGUUUUUAUUGUAGGUCCUACCAACCUUUUAGCAGUGUUUGCUAUAGCAAGUCACAAGUCCUAUAAACAUAUUCUUCCAUUAACAGUGUCUUUGGUAGAGAUAUAUGGUGUUGUCAUUUUUAUCAUGACUGCCAUUUUAGAAAGAAAUAAUUUUUCUUCAAGUCAAUAUUAUUACUAUGCAUACUUUGUUGGAGCAAAUUUUCCUUGGGCCUUAAUACCAUCACUCAUAUUUAUUAGAUCUUGGAAGAUGAUAUGUGAAAUACAAGGUACAAACAAGAUAAAAGUUCAAUGA